AUGGAGCUCAGUCCAGUUAUUAUCGUCGUGCUGCUCGGUUGUCUGUUGAGCCUGUCGCAGGCGGAUGCACAGCAGCAGCAGCAGCGUCGUCGCUAUCCACAGCAACAGUUCCAGUUCCAGCGACAGCAGCAGCAGCAGCAGUCGGGUUACAAUUACCAGCCGGGCUCACAGAACCUGGAGCAGAUUCCACAGCCAGCAAUGAGCUAUGCUGCUCCACAGCAGCUAUAUAGAACACCCAUUACAGCUGACGCUCCCAUUGCCGCUCCCGCUCCCGCUCCAGUUCCAGCUUCAGCUCCUGCCCGUCUUCAGGCGAAAUCCGCUCGUUUGGUGGCCAACAGCGAGACACAGGAGGACAUUGACGAUGCCGCCGAGGAGGUAGAGGUGUCCAAGGCAGCGCCAGCAGCUCCAGCACCCAUUGCUCCUCAAGCACCCCUCGUACCUGUUCAGCACCCGUCCAUUGUUUAUUAUCCUGCUGGCGCUGUGAGCUUUGUGCAGCCAACGACAUUUGCCAAGUUUAUCGCAGCGCCACAGGCUGUGGCACCAGCUGCUCCAGUUGCCUCAGUUGCUGCCCCAGCUACGCCAGUUGCCGCCCCUGUUGCUGCCUCAGCUGCUGUGCCAGCUGCUGCCUCUGCUGCCUAUGUGGCCGCCCCUCAAUAUUAUGCCGCCUACUUUGGCUAG